AUCACUCAUCAAAUGGUGAAAAAGUCAACACUAGACAGGAAUAGAAGUUUAGAUUAGUUACAAUAGAUCUAGUCUAUGAGUAGAUACUAAUCUAGAUCUUGUCUACGGUCUAGCUUCUAAACAUUACAUAAUUUAGAUCUAGAUUGUCUUUCAAACAUCUGCAUAUAAAACAGUAAUGAACGCAAUAACUAGAAGUGUUUUAAGUCAUAACUUUAGGUCUUCGUGCCAAUAUGUGGUUUUCCGUGCAUUCUCUAGUGAAGCGAAAAACAUAAACUUUGAUGACUUAGUCAAGGGUAAACCAAUAGUUGUUUUUAUGAAAGGUACUCCAGUAGCUCCCCGUUGUGGAUUCAGCAAUGCCGUCUGCCAAAUACUCAAACAUCACGGAGUUAAAGACUUUACAUCUUAUGAUGUUUUGUCAGAUGAUGCAGUCAGGGAAGGUAUUAAAAAAUAUACUAACUGGCCAACCAUACCGCAAGUGUUCUUCAAUGGAGAAUUUGUUGGUGGCUGCGACAUUAUGCUGGACAUGCACAAAAAUGGGGAUCUGAUUAAAGAACUACAAAAAGUUGGCAUUAGAUCUGCUUUGUUAGAUGCUAAAGACAACAGUGACGGCAAAUCUUAAAAGAACAAAAUAACCUUUUUGAAACUAAUCCCUCAACCAAUUGUGCACAUACUCAGAACUCAUAGCAUGACUGACUGGUUAAACUAGUUACUAUUAUUUUAUGGAUAAACAAUUGACAAAAUCGGUCACAGUUAAAAAAAAAAAGUCAAUUUUUUUGUUAAAGAAUAUGGUAAAUAUUGGUUAUAAAAUGGUAACUGGCCACAUAAUAAAAGAAAAUUAUUUUUUUUUUUUGGCGUUGUGCAACUAUCUUAUCAAUUAAAAUGACGUAUUAAAUUUCAGUCAUCUAUAGUGUGCGAGGUUAAAUCUGUGAAUGAAUUGUGUUUUAUUUGAUGUAACAUUGUUGAGAGAGAUGAAAGUACUUUGUAUAGCAUUAUGUUGUCUGAGCAUCUCAUGUUAUAGAUUUUAUAUAUUACAAUCGAAUUGAAAAUAUCA